GCCUCCUCCGUCCACAGUUCCGGGUUGUUUGUUUUCGGAACCAUGCGGUCCGUGCUGGGUUUAGUGUGUGUUAUUUUAAUUUCUACAUUAUAUCUGUAUUCUCUGUCCUUUUAUCUUCCCCCUGUAGCACGGAUCAUCAAACAGAACCGAAUGGAAACACGGGGAGAGAGUGAUGACCAGCGGGAGAAGGAAAUGAUCGGGUUGAAGUUCCCAUCUGAUCUGCAGGAGCUGAAGCAGAUGGCAGGGUUGUUACAGCACUAUAAGAAGGAACACAGUGGCUUUGUCCUGCUCCUGUUCUCCAGUGCUUACCUGUACAAGCAGGCGUUCGCCAUCCCAGGGUCAUCACUACUGAACAUCCUGGCAGGGGCGCUGUUUGGACCGUGGCUGGGUCUUGUCCUCUGCUGUGUUCUCACCACCGUAGGAGCCUCAGUGUGUUUCUUGCUCUCUCACUUCUUUGGAAAGCAGCACAUUGUCCGAAUAUUCCCCGACAGAGUCGCCCAGCUGCAGAGAAAGGUGGAGGAGAAUCGGAGCAGUUUGUUCUUCUUCCUGUUGUUCCUGCGUUUGUUCCCCAUCAGCCCAAACUGGUUCCUCAACAUGAGUUCUCCAAUCUUCAACAUCCCCCUCGCUCACUUCUCACUCUCUGUUCUCAUCGGUCUGAUGCCGUAUAACCUGGUGUGUGUACAGACGGGCGUGGUUCUGUCUGAUCUGUCGUCUCUGGAUGAUGUGUUGUCAUGGAGUGUGGUGCUGAAGCUGCUGCUCAUCUCCUGCUCCGCCCUGCUGCCCUCCGCCUUAAUCCGCCAUUACAGAAACACACACACACACUCAAAGCAUAAAGAUCACUGAGGUUUACUACACACACACACACACACACACACACACAGAGUUUACACCAUAAUUUUGUGUGUGUUUUUAUGAGGGAUUACAUUGUAAUGUGUGUGUGUGUUUGUAUUGGGGAUACUUUAUAAUGUGUGUGUGUAGGUGCUACACUGUUAUAUAGUGUUGUGUGUGUUCAUGUGAUCUUCCCCUGAUGAAUGGACCAAUCAAAACCCUUCAUAUCAACUUGCACUGAAAUCCUGUACAUCAGUUAAAGGAGAAGCGAAGUUUCAGUUUAUUUAUAAAAUUAUAGAAUAAAACAUCUUUAUUGUGAAUGUAAUAAAAACUGAGAGAUUUUUAUUAUUAA